AUGUCGAAAUGUAACACCAGCAAGCAAACACUAAAGGAGCAUCGUGUGGCCGGAAUAGAAAUUGAGAAUAUACGCAAUGUGUAUGUGAAUGAAUGGAAGUCAUAUCCCUCUCAAUCCGAAAGCAGAAAUAAGAGAACUACAAUUGAUCUGAAUAAUCAAUCGGAAUCUGAUAGUGAAUGGUAUUAUGAAGACUCGGUGGAGAAGACGAAAUUGAGCUUGGAAAAUUAUAACAUUAUUUGUCUUUUCGAUGUCGAAUUUCCUUACACGAAACAACUCUUUAAAAAAUUACCAAUGGAUCAGAUGUGCAUGAUAAAGAAUAAAUGGUCAGAGGCCGAAGAAUUUAUUAGUAAAAAAGAGAUUGAAGAAUGUUGGAACGAGUGCUCAUUAAAAAAACUUGUGGAUGAUAACCACCGAAUCAUCAAAGAAAGUGGAAAUGAAGAUCUUAAUUCGCUUAUAACACCGUUUACGAAACAGCAAUUUAACAAAUAUGAGCAUCGACAAACUUACGAAUUGUUUUGGUGUCAGGAUUUUUAUACACGGAUACAUAGUGCUUUGUUAGAUAGUAGUUCUAGCGAAUAUCAGUAUCGAGAUGAAAUCGUUAACAUUCUUCUGGCAUCAAUUUUUUACGAUGUUGAAGAUGCUCUGUGGAUAAAAACACUUGGAGAUAAACACGAUGGCAUCCUAUACAUGAAUGUAUGUGGUGUAAACGUUGGAGUUGGAUUUAUCGAAGUAGUGGGCAAUGCAUUUAACACUAUAACAUCUGAUAAAAAUGAUGAUUUAGAGAAAUUAUUAAAAGCAAUGACGAUAUCUCUUUGGUAUCAGUAUGCACACCAAUCUAAUGGGAAUACCUCGAAAUUGCAAUUAUUUGCUGUAUUACUUUGUGGACGUGAAUUUCGUUUUUUAAGUAUGCAUUUGAUUGGUGACAUGUACGUUGUUGAUGAAUAUGAUGCUUUUGUCAUACCAGACUCUGGAUUGAAUCUUUUACAUGUUGGAGAUAUUGUCAAAAUAGUAAAGAAAUUUAAAGUAAGUUCUGUUGUUUUAAUCCCGCAAAGAGAUGUUUAUGAGCCACGUAUAGUGACUCGGCAUACAAUCUCAGGAUUACCAACUGCUUCACAAGAAAAAUCAAAAUGA